AUGGCCGAUAAGGACCUCCCGGAAGCGCAACUGCAUCUUCAACGGAGGGUGGUCAAGAUCAUCUUCUUCUCCUUACUCUUGGAUCUCCUGGCUUUCACGAUGCCAUUGCCACUCUUCCCUAGAUUAAUUGCGUCGUUUGUCGAGGCGGAAAAAACUCACGGCGAUACAACAUUACUUUCAUCGACCUUGAAUACAAUCAGAGCGUCUAGGACCGCAUUGGCCUCCUGGAGAUCAGCACCUUCAUCUCAGAUGACUGUCACAAGUAAUUUGAAGUGGGACGUGACCAUCCUUGGCGGAAUCUUGGGUUCCAUCUUUUCAUUUUGUCAAUUCCUCAUCUCGCCGGUCAUUGGCAGCCUAUCGGAUAGGUACGGACGGAGGCCGGUCCUGUUAAUGACGAUGAUCGGCAACAUCUUCUCCGCAUUCCUCUGGUUGACCUCGACGAGUUUUGGGCUCUAUGUACUCUCACGGGCCGUCGGGGGAUUAUCUGAGGGCAACGUCCAACUGAGUAUCGCCGUCAUCAGCGACGUCUCCGACCCGACCACUCGAGCAAAAUCACUGGCCCUCGUUGGCAUCGCCUUUUCGCUCUGUUUCACAUUCGGACCGAUGUUGGGCGCGUGGUUUGCCAUGCGGAGUCCCCCGCUGCAAGCCUCAAACCUGCUCGGUAUUGGGCUGAAUGUCUAUGCCGUCCCGGCUCUCAUCAGUCUCUUACUCCUCGUCUUCGAAACCAUUUACCUGGCAAUCGCCUUACCAGAAACCAAAGGCUUACAUAGCCCUAGUCAACUCGGAACCGAAUCAAAAUCAAGCAACAAUAAUCAGCGCUCCGGGCCUUUCUCCUCGAUUGAACAGCGCCAAAAACGUCUUGGAAUCUUGGCCAGAGUCCACACCGCUUUCCUGUUCUUUUUCUCAGGUGCGGAGUUCACGUUAACCUUUCUUACGUAUGAUCUAUACGGUUUCACGAACGCACAAAACGGGCGAUUGCUCGGAUUCAUUGGAAUUUUAUCUUCCUUGCUUCAAGGAGGCUAUACCAGAAGGUCGAAAAAGCCGCCACUAUGGUUUGUCAAGUCGGGGCUGAAGGCAUGUAUCAGCUCGCUAGUCUUACUCGCGGCUCUGCCCUUCCUCAGGCAUGAGGUGGGGCAGCGGGUAGAGGGCACGAUCGAUAGUCUAAGUGCGCUCUUCCUCUACGGCGCCGCGGGGGCACUCGCAUUUGUCAGCGCCUCGGUCGUCAACUCCCUGAACACUCUCGCCAGUCUCGAGUGCGACGAAGAGGAGGAGGGUGGCACGAAGCCGGCCGAAGGACAGAGAAUCGCCCGGGGAAAGGCCCUUGGCGAGUUUCGCUCCGCUGGCCAGCUUGGUCGCGCUUUCGGACCCCUCUUUGCGACCGGCUUGUAUUGGGCUAAGGGUCCCUCGUUGUGCUACAGUCUCUGUGCCAUCGGUAGCUUCGCCGUCUUGUUCUUAGCCAACCAACUCCAACUACCAAACCCUCUUCCUCGAAAGAAACUUCAAUAA